ACUGCUUAACGAAGAUUCAGAACCGGCAAAACCUGUAGCGAUACCACUGCCAGUGACCCUGUUCUUGGCUAACCAUGAAGCCUACAUUACUUCGCAACUGUAUCCAUGACCCUGUUCUUCUGCUACUAAUCCUCGCGUGCGCCGGCAUUGCACCGGCGGGCGGCGCCGGCGGGAGGUGGGACCUCCUGCAGCGCAGCAUCGGCGUAUCGGCGAUGCACAUGCAGCUGCUGCACAACGACCGCGUGAUCAUCUUCGACCGCACCGACUUCGGCCAGUCCAACCUCUCCCUCCCCGACGGCCGGUGCCGCCGCAACCCGCGGGAGCGCGUGGUCCCCGUGGACUGCACCGCGCACUCCGCCGAGUACGACGUCGCGUCGAACACGUUCCGCCCGCUCUACGUCUUCACCGACACCUGGUGCUCGUCGGGCACCGUCGCGCCCGACGGCACCCUCGUCCAGACCGGCGGGUGGAACGACGGCUACCGCAACGUGCGCACGAUGGCCGCGUGCGAGGCGGACGACGACAGCUGCGACUGGGACGAGACGCAGGACGCCCUCGCCGUGAGCAGGUGGUACGCCACCAACCAGAUUCUCCCCGACGGCCGCGCCUUCAUCGUCGGCGGACGGAGGCAGUUCAGCUACGAGUUCUACCCAAAGGCCGACCCUUCCGACACCUCUGUCACCUUGAUGCCAUUCUUGGUCCAGACUAAAGAUCCCGAGGAGAACAACCUGUAUCCAUUUGUCCACCUCAACAUAGAUGGCAACCUGUUCAUCUUUGCCAAGAACCGCGCCAUUCUUCUCGACUACAAGAAGAACAAGAUCGUCAGGACGUACCCUGAGCUGGCCGGCGGCGACCCGAGGAACUACCCCAGCUCGGGCUCAUCGGUGCUGCUCCCACUGAAGCCCUCCCCCACCGAGGCCGAGGUGCUGGUGUGCGGCGGCGCUCCCGCCGGUUCCUACAACUCCACCAAGGAUGGAACCUUCCCCUCGGCGCUUGUGACGUGCGGACGGAUCAAGAUCACCGACAUGGCGCCUUCGUGGGUCAUCGAAACAAUGCCGUCGCCGAGGGUGAUGGGGGACAUGAUCCUGCUGCCGAACGGAGCGGAGGUGGUGAUCAUCAACGGCGCCAUGGACGGCACCGCUGGCUGGGAGUCCGCCAAGACCCCGGCUCUCGCGCCCCUCAUCUACCGCCCCGACCAUUCGCCAGGGGACCGGUUCGAGGAGCAGAGCUCCACUGACAUCGCCCGGCUGUACCACUCAUCGGCGGUGCUCCUGCGCGACGGACGCCUUCUCGUCGGCGGCAGCAACCCGCACAUCUACUACAACUUCAGCAACGUGCAGUACCCCACCGAGCUCAGCCUCGAGGCAUACUCUCCGGAGUACCUCGACCCAUCCAACGACAUGCUCCGUCCGACGAUCGUCGACCCCUCGCCCACCGGCGCGCCGGCGAGCGUGACCUACGGGGCGUCGCUGACGCUGCGGUUCACGGUUCCGGCGUCGAAGAGAUCGCGCGGCGGCAUCGGCCCCCUGUCGGCCACAAUGGUCGCGCCAUCGUUCACGACGCACUCGUUCGCGAUGAACCAGAGGCUGCUGUUCCUCGACGUGGUGAAGACGGCGGCACUGGCCCGAGCCGGCUCCUACCAGACAUCCGUGGUGAUGCCGGCGACGGCGGUCUUGGCGCCGCCGGGUUACUACAUGGUGUUCGUGGUAAAUGGGCACAUCCCAAGCGAAGGGAUCUGGGUCCACAUACAGUGACACUGACAAGGGAUAUAUCUGCAAGACUGUACUACUAUUAUCAUAUCAUAGCGUGACGCCGUGACUGUAUACUGCUGCCACGAAACAGUAACAAAAUGUUAGGAUCUAUCUUUUGCUUAUGAUAACCAAAAUUUAAAAUUUUUAAUAUUAAAUCUGAAGAUGAU